GAGACGCGGAAGGUAUUAAACUGAUCAGAACAAUACUAAACACACCACCAAUAAGGUUUCUCUCCUGUAUGGCUCCUCAAAUGAUGCUUAAGAUUAGAAGCGGCUGAAAAGCAUUUCUCACACUCCGAACAAAAAUAUAUUUUUUUAACAUUCUCUCCACUUUGAACGAAAUGACGUUUGGGAAGAGAUUAACAUAAUUAAACACAGGCAGUAAAAAUACAGUUUUUUAGCCAUACCCUGUAACUUUAAAACUACACAUCCCAUCUUCAUAAUUACAUAUUUGGAAUCAGCACACUUAAAACAUAAACAUAACCAAAAAUCAGCCAAAUCCAUCCAAGGGUUAAAAAGUUAGCUGGAGGUCCCUUUAUGACCGACCGCAAGCACAUUUUCCUGCCAAAACAGUUCCAUAGAUUUGGGCUGUGAGGUCGGUCUAUUUCAGGCUGAAAAAACGACUAAAUCCCAUCGCGAAUGGGACUUAGUCUCUGCAGCUGAAAUAAGGCUGAAAAAAACGGCUGAAAAAAAGACUAAGUCCCAUCGCCGAAUGGGACUUAGUCCCUGCAGCUGAAAUAAGGCUGAAAAAAACGGCUAAAAAAAAGACUAAGUCCCAUCGCCGAAUGGGACUUAGUCCCUGCAGCUGAAAUAAGGCUGAAAAAAACGGCUGAAAAAAAGACUAAGUCCCAUCGCCGAAUGGGACUUAGUCUCUGCAGCUGAAAUAAGGCUGAAAAAAACGGCUGAAAAAAAGACUAAGUCCCACCGCCGAAUGGGACUUAGUCUCUGCAGCUGAAAUAAGGCUGAAAAAAAGACUAAGUCCCAUCGCCGAAUGGGACUUAGUCUCUGCAGCUGAAAUAAGGCUGAAAAACGGGUUGAAAAGACUAAGUCCCAUCACGAAUAGACUUUAGUCUCUGCAGCUGAAAUAAGGCUGAAAAAACGGUUGAAAAGACUAAGUCCCAUCAAUGGGACUUAGUCUCUGGGUAGCUGAAAUAAUUUCCCAUUUACUGAACCAAGUGGAAAUAGCAAGGCAGGCACAAAGGGUUUGCACCAGGUUCAGGGACACAGGGGACACCGCCUUAAAGGGCCGCGGUCCCCAAUAGUCUGGGGACACGGCCUUAAAGGGGCAGUGUCCCAAUCUUCCUGAUGUCCCAAAAAAGGUGUUUAAAGGGCCAGCACCAGUCACAUAAAGAGUCCAUAAGCCCCAAUAUGCCCACCGACAGUCUUAAAGGGCCAUACACACAAAAUAAAAGUGCAUACAUUUUCACAAUCUCCCAGGGGCCAUAGUCAUGCGGGAGGAGGCUGGCAAAGAGGCUUCUCCACAACCCAGGGAAACAGGGCAAUUUGCCAUUUAAAAGGCCCGUUACAAAUAGCAGUUUGUAACAAGGUGUCAAUCCAUAUCUGCCAAGUGACCCGAUGUAGGGGGAACAGUCCCUAUUCUGCUCUGUGUCAGUGUGUAUAAGGGGCUCUGAGGACAGGUGUCAACCAUAUCUGCCAAGUGACCCUAUGUAGGGGACCAGUCUCUAUUCUGCUCUGUGUCCGUGGUGCAUCGCCUCUGAGGACAGGUGUCAAUCCAUAUGCGUCAAGGUGUCAAUAUGUCAUAUGUCAGGUGUCAAUCCAUAUUGAUUGUGAUUUAGAAAUGUUAGGUGAUUUCUGCCCUUUAUGGAUUAAAACCAGACUCUGUAUCAACUGUGUAAUUUUCCAUGGGAGUUUUGUCAUGGAUCCCCCUCCGGCAUGCCACAGUCCAGGUGUUAGUCCCCUUGAAACAACUUUUCCAUCCCUAUUGUGGCCAGAAAGAGUCCCUGUGUGUUUUAAAAUUCGCCUCCCCAUUGAAGUCAAUGGCGCUUCGGGCGGUUCGCCGGUUCGCGAACAUUUAUGAAGUUCGCUGCUCAGCCGUCAUGAACCUAGGCCUUCGGUUCAUGACAUCACUACCCACCUCCUAUAGAAUGUAAGCUCGAUUGAGCAGGGUCCUCUUCAACCUAUUGUUCCUGUAAGUUUAUUUAUAAUUGUCCUAUUUAUAGUUAAAUCCCCUUUCAUAAUAUUGUAAAGUGCUACGGAAUCUAUACGGCGCUAUAUAAAUGGCAAUAAUAAUAAUAAUAAUAAUAAUAAUAAUAAUAAUAAGGAGAGAUGGCCAUGGGCUACAGGUGCCAACUCUAAGCUUUCAGCAGGGGACUGGGUGGGAGACAAUGUGAAGUCGCUGGAGGCACUGUCAGUCUACUAUUGCCUGUACUUGUUCUGGCCUCACCAUUCAUAGAGCAGCAUUUGGGCCUACCAUAUAAUGCUGAAGGUUCUGUGGCGUACUCGCACCUGAGGAAGGUGUUUCAUCUGGGCGUGUAGCUGGCACAGAUCAACCACGUCCUCUCCUUGCAACAGGAGCUCCACCAACACAAGCAGGACCACGACCAUGGUCAUGUCCCUUAUUUGAUGCUCUCCUCAUAUUUUUGCGUUCACUCACCAAACUAACAGAUGUUUUUUGUCAGGCGACAAUGUAACCGCCAAUAGUCAACAAUUUAUUUAAUAUUGCUCUCCUCAUAUUUUUGCGUUCACUUACCAAACUAACAGAUGUUUUUUGUCAGGCGACAAUGUAACCGCCAAUAGUCAACAAUUUAUUUAAAUUUUUUUUUUGUUUUUUGGACUGCAAGAAAUGCGCGCUGUAAGCAGUGUUUGACAGUUCUAUUUGACUCUCAGAUAUGAAGUGCAUAUCUGGACGCAAAUGUACUAUUUAGCACAAAAAAAGUGUUUUUGUUUUUUUUGGGUUUUUUUUCAAACCAACAAUGUAACAGUAGUAUUUAAGGGUUUUAUUAGGCUGCAAGAAAUGUAGUACGGAAAUGUACUAUUUAGCGCCCAAAAUAUUGCAGUAUUUAAAAAUGUCAAAUGUUGCCCACUGAGCUACCAGAACAGGAUUAAAUUCAUGUGCCUGGCACACAUGCAGUUGCAAGUGAACUGCACUGGGCUCAGGGCAGGGUACAAAAAUUUUGUAUAGCACUCACUAAAAUAACGGCUGUCGUUUGAAUAAUCGCUGUAGUUUGCAGAUUCAACACCAGAAUUAUUUCCUAAUCUGUCCUUAACAGCUGCAGUAUCCUCUCCCUACACUAAUAAGAGCUCAUGUGCAUGCGGCACUACACAACUCCAGUUUAUAUAUAGAGGCUGGGUCACAUGCUGCACUGGCCAAUCACAACCAUGCCAUUAGUAGGCAUGGCUGUGAAGGCUUCUAAGGGCAAACGAGUCAAAAGAUUGUUGAUUGGCUGCCCUGCAGCCUUUCAAAAAAUGUGCCAUUAAAUCGCCAAACAUCUAACUCCAACCCGAACAUACACUGAAAUAUCCAUGUCCGGGGUCCAAAAACCGUAAUGUUCGGUACGAACCCGAACUUCACGGUUCGGGUUCGCUCAACUCUAUUCAUAUUACCUGGUAGUCUUGAGAACAGGUCAGUCAUGACGGUGUCAUUCUAUUUCCACUGGUCCUAAAAGAACCCAUCACCAGAUGUUAGGGAUUCCGUACAAAAUCAGUGUAGGCAAAAUACAAGGUUGGACACGAUGGAUUCACAAGCUUGGAUUUUUGUUUCCACCUCGCUGUUCUUCCCAUACUCCCAGAUAUCAGGAUAUUAGGGUCCCAAAGUCACUAAAAUUGUUAGCCAAAUAGCCAAUACCCUCUGAAAAAGCCUUUUCCAAUUAAGUAGCCAUGGUCAGAGUAGUGGGGAAAUCUAGGAUCAGAUCUUUUCUACAAUAGACAGACAUGUUGUGAAAAUCUGAUUGUGAUUACAAAUUUUGCAUAUAUACAAGUUAUCAGUUACAAACAAAGGAAUGUUAACUCUUUCCUGCCAUUUUUUGCAACAUGACACAAACACACACUUUGUUACCACUUGUCUAGCAAGAAGAGGGAGCUGUAGCAAAUGUUGCCCUUUAGAAACAUUGUGGCAAAUAUCCAUUUGGUUAUGUAAUGCUAAAACGCAAACCUGUAUAAUCAAUAUGAUAUAUAGGAUAACCUUGCUUUCUGGUAAUAGAAGGGUUAAUAGACAAAAAGCUGUUUUAAAAAUUGGUUAUGUUGCCUUUUGAGACCGUAUGGUAGCCCAAGAAUAAGAAUUACCCCCCAUGAUGUGACAUGCCAUUUGCAAAAGUAGACAACCAAAGGUAUUGCAAACGGGAUAUGUCCAGUCAUUUUUAGUAGCUACUUAGUUACACUGGCCAAAUAUUUGUUUUUUGCUUUUUUCACACAAAAACAAAUAUGAACACUAACUUUGGCCAGUGUUUGUGACUAAGUGGCUACUACAUACUCCACUUGCAAUACCUUGGGUUGUCUACUUUUGCAAAUGGUAUGUCAUCAUGGGGGUUAUUCUCAUUCCUGGGUUACCACACGGUCUCAAAGGUAACAUUACUAAUAUGGCAAAUUUCAAUGUGAAAAAAAUGAAAAAUGGAAUGUGCUAUAUUUGAUCCUUUACCUUUCCAAAACACCGUAAAAACUGUACUCGUGACACUGAAUCCAAAUUAUGUGCUUUUUUGCAGUAAAAGCUAACAGUAUUAUGACAUUUACAGCUAAAAUGUGAUGUGGAACUACACAUUUUUUAAAAAACUUUAAAUUUCUCUUUUUUUUCAUGAUAAAUUAUGUUUCAUAUAUAAAUAUUUGAUAUGAAAUGAAAACCCUGUUUCUCCUGAACAAACUGAUAUAUAAUAAGUGUGGGUGCAUAUAAUAUGAAAGAGGUGAACUACAGGUUAACCCCUUCAGGACGGGUGACGGACGAGGUCCGUCACAGAGGGGAGACCCUUAACGACGGGUGACGGACCUCGUCCGUCACGCGGUAAAAUUAACCCCGGAUCGCCGCUAUCGCGGCGAUCGCGGGGUUAAUGGUGCUCCCGGUAUGCCUCUGCAUUAGAGGCAUACCGAGAGCACCCGGUCAGGCUGCCCAGCACAUGUGCUCGCUCUGACCGCAAGUCAGAGCGAGCACAUGUGCUUUGUAUACUCACCUACCGGCUCCCUGCACUUCCUGGUUCUGUGUGAAGUGCAGGGAGCCGGAACAGUGCACAUCCUGCCCCCUGCUGUAAAAAAAAAAAAAAAGUUAAUUUAAAGUGUCCCCCCCCUUACCCAUUUUAAUAAAAAAUUAACCCCUUCCCUGCCAAUUGAUCACUGACUACAGCGAUCAAAUAGAGAUCACAGUAUUAUACUGUGAUCUAAUUUUUUUAACCCCUGAGGAUUAACUUUUAUUUAUUUUUUUAACCCUCAGGGGUUCAAUUUAUUUAAUUAAUUAAUUUAAAUAUUUUAUAACUAUAUAUUUUGCUAGCUGGGGUGGGUGGGAGUUAUGGGAAAAUGGGCAAUUUACUGUUAGUGCUGCGUACUGCUAGUUAGGGGUUAACGGUAAAAAAAAAAGCUUAGAAAAAUGUUAAAUCUGUAAAAAAGUUUUAAGAAAGUUUAGGAAAGUUUAAAAAAAAAUUAUAAGCAAAACAAAAGUUUAAAAAGUAGUUUUUAAAAGUAAAAAAGUUAUAAAAAGUAAAAAAAUACAUUUUAAAAACGCUCAUUACCACUACACCUGGAACAAACUAGAGAAAAAAUUAUCCCAUGCCAAGGUUCAAAAUAUGCCUUUUGAAUUACCCCAGGGUGUAUUCUUUAAUAAAUAGUAUGUGUUUGUGGGGAAGUUUCAAUAACCAACCGCCUAAACUACUCCAAAUUGGAACAUGGACACAGCGUAAAACUUCAAAGUUAGAAAAAAACUGAAUGGCUGCGUCUCAAAUGCGCCCCUUCAACAUCCACGUAUACCUGGCAAAGGUACAUACGGGGGUAUUGCUGUACUCAGCCGACAUAGCUGAGCAACAUAUGAAGUAUUAUACAGUCAUAGUACACAUAAGGUUUGCAAAAUAUGCUGCGCAAACUCACUUUGUAUGUCAAAAGGGCAGAAAAAAUGCUUAUUACCACUACACUUGGUACAAGCUAGCGGAAAAAUGAUCCCACGCUAAGGUUCAAAAUAUGCCUUUUGAAAUACCCUGGGAUCUUUAAGAAAUGGUAUGGCUUUAUGGGGAAUUUGGAUUAUAUAGCCUGGUAAAAUACUCUAAAAUGGGACAUAGGCACAGCAUAAAAAUUCAAAGUUUGAAAAAAACUGGAAUGGCUGUGUCCCAAAUGUGCCCCUCCGAUGUCCACACAUACCUGGCAAAGGUACAUACGGGGGUAUUGCUGUACUCAGCCCACAUAGCUGAGCAACAUAUGAAGUAUUAUACAGUCGUAGCACACAUAAGGUUUGCAAAAUAUGCUGCGCAAACUCACUUUGUAUGUCAAAAAGGCAGAAAAAAUGCUUAUUACCACUACACUUGGUACAAGCUAGCGGAAAAAUGAUCCCACGCUAAGGUUCAAACUAUACCUUUUGAAACACCCUGGGUGUCUACUUUAAGAAAUGGUAGGCCUUUGUGGGGUAGUUUGAAUUUAAAACCUGCGAAGAUGCUUGGAAAUUGCACAUAGGCCCAGCGUCAAAAUUCAAAGUUUGGUAAAAACGGAUAUGGCUUGGUCUCCUAUAUGGCACUGUAGCUUCACAAAAUAGUGACAAAGACAUUCAUUGGGGUGUAUUUUUACUCAAAAGACUUAGCUGAGCAUAAUUUGGGAGGUUUGAACUUAGUGGCACAUAUGAAAUAUACAAAACGCCCAGCAAAAAUGCAAUCCGGAUGUAAAAAAUGCACAAAAUAAUUUUUUUACCACAUACUUUGGCAUAUAUUGGUGAAAAAAUGGGGGUAUGUUAAGGCACAAUAUGCACCUUAUGAGAUAUCCUGGAGUGUCUACUUUUACAAAUGGUAGGCCUUUGUGGGGUUUUUUUGAACAGUCAAACUGUUAUAAUACCCCAAAUUUAAGCUAAGGCUCAUUAAAUCCAUCUCUCAAAAUUCUACUAUGAAUACUGUAAAGGACAGGUCUCCUAUAUGGCACUGUAGCUUCACGAAAUAGUGCCGAAGACAUUCAUAUGGGGUGUCAUUUUACUCAGAAGACUUAGCUGAGCAUAAUUUGGGGGGUUUGAACUUAGUGGCACAUAUGAAAUAUACAAAACGCCCAGCAAAAUGCAAUCCGUAUGUAAAAAAUGCACAAAAUUAUUUUUUACCACAUACUUUGGCAUAUAUUGGUGAAAAAAUGGGGGCAUGUUAAGGCACAAUAUGCACCAUAUGAGAUACCCUGGAGUGUCUACUUUUACAAAUGGUAGGCCUUUGUGGGCUUUUUUUGAACAGUUAAACUGGUAUAAUACCCCAAAUGGAAGCCUAGGCUCAUUAAAUCCAUCUCUCAAAAUUCUACUGUGAAUACUGUAAAGGACAGGUCUCCUAUAUGGCACUGUAGCUUCACGAAAUAGUGCCAAAGACAUUGAUAUGGGGUGUCAUUUUACUCAGCAGAUGUAACUGAACACAAAAUAAAACUUUGUACAGGAAUAGCACACACCAACUUUACAAAAUAUACACGAGAAUUUCUCUGUUAAAAGUUUGUGUGCCAAAAACCAAAAAGAACACAAUUUUACUCCAAUAUUUAGCAGAGGUUGGCGGUGAAAUGGCUACGUAGAAAGUGUCAAAACAACCUUAGGUAAAUAGCCCGUGAUGUCUACUUUAUAUAAAUAUAUACUUUUGUGUGGCAAUUUUGUUUUCCUUUAUGGCUAUUAAGCUUACAAGACAAACAUACCAAAUUCUAAAAUCACUCCACAUUAAAAGUUUAUUUUACUCCUUGUGCUUUGUGACCUGUAACUACCAAAAAAAAACUUAAAAUCCCAGACACAUUAUAUAUUCUGUAAAUCAGAACAAAUAAAUAAAUUUAUUUUUAAUUACUUUCCUUAACCUGCACUAAUUAUGCACACAUUAUUAUUGCAAAAACUGUAAAAAAAAAACAAUAUUUUUCAUUUUAUUUGCAUUUUUCUGUAUUUUUUUAUAAUAAGUAAGCAUUUAUAUAUAUAUAUGUUAUAUAUAUAUAUAUAUGUUAUAUCAAAUGAAAGCCCUUUCUGUCCUUUAAAAAACAGUAUAUAAUAUGUGUCGGUGCAAUAAAUGAGAGAGAUGCAAAUUGCAGUUGAACGCAAACAGCAAGAAAAUGCAAAAAUUGCUUGUGUCAUUAAGCGUAAGUCAAGCUUCUGAAGCUGUGUCCUUACGGGGUUAACAGACAUAUAGCGCAAAUUUCAGUUUUUGUUUACAUUUUGUUUUGAUCAGAACGUGUACUAUUGACUCUGUCCUGAAGGGGUUAAGUUGCCACUGGCAUGGUACUAAAAACCUCCACUUAUUUAAAUAGUCACAUAAACAAGUAUUGGACAUCCCAAAAAACAUCGUGAUUUUAGGAUAAUUAUUUGACUGAACCGAGCUUUGCUAGCAGAUGUGAAGUUAAAUGGAUUUUUUUUUUUACAAGCUUUUGUUUUGCUUUGAAAGACAAGAUGAGAUCAAGCCAAUAUUUAGACUGUUUAGGGGAAUAGGUUAUUGCUGAUACACUGAUAGAUUGUAGCAAUGCCAAUUUACAUACUUUAUAAAUAAUGGUAUGACCCACUGUUUGAACUGCUGUCAAAGUAUAAUAUGAAACAUUCUUCUUUUAUCUACAGACAAUAGAUAUGGAGAAUCACACAAUGGUCACUGAGAUAAUCCUAUUGGGAUUCCAUCACCUUCACAGCAUGAGACAUUUAUUAUUUUCUAUCAUUCUUGUUGUUUAUUGUCUGACAAUAUCUGGAAAUUUCCUCAUCACUGUGUUAGUGUCAUGUUACAGACAUCUUCAUUUUCCAAUGUAUUUCUUUCUUACUCAAAUGUCCAUAUCAGAUAUUUUGUUGACAACAAGUAUUGCACCUCAAAUGCUUUCCAUCGUCAAUCAUGAAGGAGGUAUUAUAUCUCUAAAAGCUUGUAUAACUCAGUACUACUUCUUCGGUGCUUGUGAAGCUUUAGAAUGUUUCCUGUUAACAGUGAUGUCUUAUGACCGAUAUCUGGCCAUCUGUAACCCCCUGCAAUAUACCUCUAUAAUGGACCAUGCAUUUUGUAUUAAAUUAAUAGUUAUAUCUUGGGUGUUAGGCUUUUUUGUGGCAUUAUUAAUUAUACUGCCCAUAACUCAGCUGGUAUUUUGUGGACCUAACAUCAUUGAUCAUUUCUUUUGUGAUAUUGAUCCACUCUUGAAGCUUUCAUGUUCUGAUACCUUAAUAAUACAUAUAGAAGCUUUUUUCCUAGCAGUCCCUAUAAUUGUUAUACCUUUCUUAAUGGUAAUUGUGUCAUAUGUCUAUAUUGCUCUCACUAUUGCUAGAAUUCCAUCAAUUAGUGGGAAAAAGAAAGCCUUCUCUACCUGCAGCUCCCAUUUGACUGUUGUUUCCAUAUUCUAUGGGACUCUAACUAGCAUUUACGCUGUUCCAACUAAUGAAAGAUCAUUGACGACAAGCAAAAUUCUGUCUAUGUUUUUGACAGUGGUAACCCCAAUGCUUAAUCCAAUAAUAUACAGCCUGAGGAACAAUGACAUUAGAGAAGCACUAAAGAAAAUACAUCCAUACCUUUUUAUAAAGGGAAAUAUGAAAUAAUUGUUUAAAGCUAGAGGGGAUGCAAAUUAUUUUGUAAGACAAUAAUUACUAUACUUAUCUGGAGACAGGGCGCUAUUUAGCUAAACAUGAGAAAAUUGUAGGUUUUAUCUAUCACAAAACCAUAUAAUAAAUGGGUAGGUACAAAGACUGACACUACGAGCUUCAGGCAGCUAUAAAAGGUUAAUGCAUUACGAAGUAACACUGAUAAUACCACCUGACAUGUGAGUGACAGAGGAAGGCAUGUAUAGGUGGUACUUUAAAGGCAUCCAUACAUAUCAUCACAGGACACUUCAGUUACAGUGAACAUAAAAACAAGAACCUUAACGACUGGUCUAUUGAAGCAUAAACAUGGAGAGCCGUUGAAAGCCUUCAUCCUGGCUAAUAAGAAUAACAUGAAUCCAAUUAAAACUAGUGAGCCAUUAAACUAAACACAGUGCUAAGCACAAUUAGGCUUCUGUACUACAACCGAGAAACAUGGAAAAUGAUCAACCAUUAGAGGGGUCUUUAUUUAUCCUAACAUUUGAAUUUCUUGCCUUAACCCGAUGAAAGUAACUAGGUCUGGAAUUGAUUGCUGUGUAUUGAUAAGUAACAACAUUAGCUAUACUUGCAUUUUGGCUCUGUGGUAUCUGGAGUAUGCAUCCUCAAACCUUCAUGCUCUUUUUGUAUCUACAAACUUUUAACAAUAAUAGAGAACGUCUUGAACUCUACCACAAGGUACUUAAAUGCUAUGAAAGUAACUCACACUUUCACUAUAGCAUAAUACCUAUGUUUGAUGGAAGUUUGUGUUUUGAAAUCUUAAAUCUUUUCAAGUAAUGUUGCUGAAGCUCAGUGCGCCGGCAACUGCUAAACCUAUUGCUACCUUAAUUCAUGAAUUUCUGGUGUCUGGAUACAUACCAAAACUUUGGAAGACUGCAAAAGUAGAACGUAUCCAUAAAAAAGGUGUCAAUACUUUGGUAUCCAACUAUUGUCCAAUAUCAUUGCUCCCCAUAUUGUCCAAAAUCUUGGAAAAAUGUCAUCCCAGAGAUCACCCCCAAUAGAUAGGCUUCAUAAAAUACGCCCACUGGUAGACCAUCUUCAACACAAAUUUUUUGAAGUUUAUACCCCCAUGAAAAUGUAUCAAUUAAUGAAUCCUUAAUGCAAUAUAAAGGCAGAUUAGGAUUCAAAACAGUACAUCCCCACAAAGCGCUCUAAAAUACUACCAACUUUGCCAGAGCGAAAGUGGCUAUACGUUUGCCUUUUGCUUAUAUGAGCGAAAGAUGGUCAAUUGGACCCUCCUGAUUGUCCUGACUUUCUGGGGACAAGUGGGAAAAUAGUUUGGGACCUACUGAUCCCCUCAUUCAAUAAAGGUUACCACCUUUAUGUGGACAAUUUUUGUAGCAGUGUUAGUUUGUUUCAAAUUCUUUAUGGUUUGCAGACACUGGCCUGUGGCACUGUGAGACAAAAUGCCAAAAACUCCCCAGAAGUCACAUAGAGGCCAAAUUAAAAAAAAUAGGUGAAUGCAAAGCUUGCAAUAAAAUUUAAGGACAGGAAGAAUGUUAACAUAUAGACAAAGAAUACAACUAAUGAGGUCAGACGGCUCUCUAGAUGAAGGGAGGCGCUGUACCCCACUGGAAUUAACCUCUAAAUUAAAAAAAAAAAAUCAGCUUAUAGGUAAUAAACUUUAUUAGAAAUUGACAUACAAAAUAGGUGCAACAAUAAGUGAAAAGUGAUAAUCACUAUCAAUUAAAAAGGAGGGGAAACCUACAUAGCUCAGUAUCAAUAAUAGCGAAAAAUUGAAACAGUGUGAGCUACUGAAAUAUAAUUUAAACUAUAUCCCAGAUUGGUAUAUAUAAAAAAGACAACAAAGUCUCAAAUUCAAGUGAACAGGAUAUAGUAUUAGAAGGGACAAGCACUACACACUUAAAAACAAUCCACCUCUAGGGUAGCCUCAAACAGCCCCAGAAAUCCUGUUGGGAAGUACUAAAACUUCCAAGGGUUAAAUUGGAGUAAGUAGAUGUAAUUAAAAGACUUGUUCAUGUAGGAAAAUCCUAUGGCUAUUGUAACGGACCGUUUUGCACAAAAGGGGAAAAAACCGCUUAGACGAUAAUCCCCUUUUCAGAGACAGGCACAGCUACUGAAUAAUCACCAAAACUCACGAACCGCCAAUAAGUGAAUGCUCCAAACUCCCGAACGGCAUACAAGGGAAUAAGGUAGCACUUCAAAUAAACUAACAGGAACCAUACGAAUAGCUGCUAGCAGGCGAACAGGAAAAGCUUCCAAGCGGCUUACACUCCUGGCAAUCAGUCUCCAACAGCAUACAGUGAAUCCCCCCAAGAACGAGACAAGGCUCCGUGUUGAGGGUCAAGCAGUGGUCUGUUUAAUGAGGGCUACCUGCCCAGCUUUUAUGCAGGUCUCCAACCUGGUGGACACUCCCCUAGGGGACCAAAUGGGAGACUGUGACAAGGGACAGACAAGUAUACAAAAAGGACACACAGUCACAGUAUAUUCCCACAAUGCAUCCUGGCUUCCUCCCCUCUGCCCUGGGAGAUAAUUGGGAAGUAACUCAAUUAUCUCCCAAGACAAAGGCAAAACUCCAUUACACACGUGGGAACACAAAAACAGCAUUAUACUUUAAAAUGCACAAAGUAACAUUUACUACAUUAAACACAGGCAUGUAACACAUCCCCAGAUAGCUCAGGUCUGAGUGCACAUUAUUAGUUGAAUGGCACUCAGACUACACGAAUACAGUUCAAUCGCCAUGGAGCCAAAGUCUUUACAGUCAGUUUCAUACGAAUGGGCUCCAUGGGAUUCCUAUCUGGGGUAUAAGACAUUCACACAAAAAUACCGAACACCGGGUCAUUCGUGUGCUUUCACCGAACAAGAAGGGAGGUCGGCGGCUUCAGCGGUGUUCGCGCAAAACUGUGUCCGAUUUAGUUCCAUGAAAAUAGAGGCGAACACCGCUGUUCAUUCGUAUGGUUUAAAAUGGCCGCGACCUCGUGUUCGGGAUACGAACGGCGGCCACCCAGCGUUCAUCAAUUAAGCUGCGGUUAACCGCAGCUUCAGGGAGGUUAAUUGCCGGCACACUCCAGCUCCCAGGUGGUCCAGUCAUUCGUACGGUUGUUCGGUAGAUUGAAGCUACCGAACAACCGGCAGAAAAGAAUGAAUAUGGCUUUUCUGCAUGGAAAAAUAAAGUCUUUUAAAAGGGGGCCAUAGUCCAAAGGCAGCAGGCGAGCAACCAGGCUUCUCCAAUGCAAUGUGGCGAGAUUGGUCUCGUCACAGCUAUAAUUAGUUGCAAAGCUGGUAGAGAUAGAAAAAGAUCAACUGAAAUAAAGUCUAUCAAUACCCACAGUGCUGAAGUAGAAUCUGUGGUUUAUACAGGAAAAGUCCUGAGGUUAACUCCAAACCCAAUACUGGUAUUGAAUGGGUAAAGUUUAACCCUUAGGAUGCCCUAGGCACUAUUAGCUCACAAUUUACUAGUUUACGUAUUACUUUAUAUAGAGCAUUUAUCUAAACUCGAUGUUACAUGCAAUGUGACCAAUGGCUCUUGACUUGUGAGUGAUACUGUGUGUUACGGUACCCUCAGCAUUAAAUGUACAAACCGCCGUUUAGUGAAUGCUCCCCUCUCGCAAUAGCAUAGGCUGCAUGCGUAUCCAGUACAAUCAUGCGAAACGCAAGCAAGGGAACACUGCAAACUCACAAACGGGAUCCGUACGGGCACUUCAUUCCACGAGCUCCAAAAUAACGAAUUGCUAAUAGUAGCCGAACGCAUAUAUCUCCCAAGCGGCUAAUAAUCCCAUCCAGCAGUCUCUAGUCGUCGGUAAUAAAUCCCCCCAAUAACGAGACCAAGCUCCGCAUUGAGGGUAAAAUAUGAACUGGCUUUACUGUGGGCUACCUGCCCGUAUUUAUGCAGGUCUCCCACUUGGUGGACACUCCCCUAGGGGACCAAAUGGGAGACUGUAACAAUAGACAGACAUAUGGCAGGUUAGGACCCACAGACACAGAAUAUUCUCAGCAUGCAUUAGUAUUUCCUCACCUCUGCCCUGGAGAUAAUUGAGAAGUAAUUCAAUUAUCUCAAGGACAGAGGCAAAUCGCCAUCUUAUCCUUAGCCUGGAUCUGAGUGCAUAUUAUAGGCGAAUAGCGCUCAGAUUCCAUACGCAUAGUUCAAUCGCCAUGGAGUCAAAGUCUAUUACAGUCUUUCGGUAUAUGAUUGACUCCAUGGGAAGGCUAUCUGGGGUAAGUCCAUUCGUGCAUUUAAACCUCCCGAACGGCCGGUGUUCGCACACUUCUGUCGAUUGAGAAGGGAGGUCGGCGGCUUCAGCGGUGUUCGGCUGAAAAAGUGUCCGUUUUCAGUUCCAUGAAAUCAAUGCCGAACACCGCUGGUCUUUCGCAUGGUUUAAAAUGGCCGCCGCCUCGUGGUCGAAAUGCGAACAAUGAAUAAUCCAUCUGCAUUCCCGUUCUGCUUACCGGGUCUGUACCUGAUAGGGAAAUUUUAGGGUUGUAGUGUCAAACUCCACCUCAACAGUCUACCAUUGUCUCCUGAGACCCGGUUAAUGUCUAGACUAGGGCCAAACACUCUUUCUCCACUGCCGCAUAACUCACUUCUCUGGGUAAUAACUUUCGGGUGAGAUAUGCGACAGGCUGCUCUCUGUAUUCGGUUUUAAUCGAGAAGUGUCUGUGGUUAACCGUAACGUUCUAAUUGGGAUCAAGAGGUUAACCAGCAGCACACUUCUCUUCUGGGUGGCCGUUCAUUCAGUAGUUUUGUUCGUUGGAAAAGUCAAUUCACUGAACAGGGGCAAACGAAUUCCACGAAAAGGCAAAACAGACGAAUCCAGCAAUCUCAGUCUAUACAGAUGGAUCUGUCACACUGUGAUACUCCUAAUGUUCAUAUAUUAUAUUUAACUUGUUCCAACAAUAUUGUACUAUUGUUUUGCAUUUUUAUACUAUUACAGCUUUACACUGAACUGCUCAAUUGUUUGUAUUUUGUAGAAGUGGUUCAGGGGAUACCACCUAAGGUGUAUUGAGCUCAUAAUUCAUUUAUUUUUUCUCCAUAUUGUGCACUUAUUUGUAGCUAUAGGUGGAUAUGCCCUGAAACUCACCUAGUCUAUUUGUUUUUGCGGCCUGUGAAAAUAAACAAGAUAGUGUAUUGCUUCAGAUUUAUGGUAAAUGGGUGGAUUUCAGUGGAGUGCUGGCAGCCUUAGGCCUGGGGUGCAAAGCUAGUCUAGUGGCCCAUUGCACCACCAAACCAGUUCACCAUCCAUGCCCACCUUUUCCUGGUUUCCGGGUGCAGUUUGGCUCCACUGGUCUGGUGUAGAACAGGCUGUCUGAAGGCUGUUUGCAACUGUGGUCACAAAAUUCAAUGUUCUGGGAGAAUUGGAAGCAGCUCCAUUUUUUGGGGGCCCCAUACACAGCUCAAGGUCUGAGCCCCAGGGCCUGACUGUGAGUAUGCCCAUAAGGCCCACUCAUGAGUCCACUUAUAUACUCCACCCACCCAUGAGUUCGCUCACAGGGAGUGGAGUGUGUAGGGGAUGUGUUAUGUGUUAUUGUAGAGGAUCUAAUAUGUGUGCUUGUGAUAUGUAGUGUAUAGGGAUACCAGUUUGUGUAAGUGAUGCAGUGUGUUUGUGUGUAGUGGAAGCAGUGUGUAUAUGUGUAUAAGGGAUGUAUUGUGUGUUUCUGGUAGACGUGGGCAUUUCAGAAAUUUUCGUUUCGUACGAAUGUAUUCGUACGAAAAAGAAAAUACUUUAGUCAGAACCGAAAUUCGUCAAUUCUUUCAUUCGUUUUCGUACGAUAUUCGGUAGUAUUUUCAUUUCGGCUAAACUUGUUCGUUCAUUCGGCGCGAUUUAAUUGAGCCAAAUGAAUUGAAUACAUAAAACUAUGUUCCCUAAUCCCUAAAUACCGAAUAGCUUCAACCGAACUCAGUAAAACCAUUCGUUUCAAAUGUUGUACAUUGCUAACAACAUGGCAUUGAUUGAAUGCUGUAUUAUGCCUAAAACUCCCGAACCGUCAAAUGCACGAACGCUGGCAUUCGCAUGAAAAUUUAUUGGCGCUAUUAGUAAAUUACCGAACACCAUUCACUAUAGUCAUUCGUAUGUCGAAUGGUAUUGCAAAUACAAUGCAAUCAUAAAAGUCAGUUCCCUAAUCCCUAAAUAGCGAAUAGCCUCAAGUGAACGCAGUAAAACCAUUCAUUCGUUUACAUUUUCGUACAUUGAUCUCCCAACACAUGGCAUUGAACAAUGUUCUAAUCUAUUUACGCCUAAAACUCCCGAACCGUCAAAUGCACGAACACUGCCGUUCGCAUGAAAAUGUAUUGGCACUAUUAGUAAACUACCGAACACCACUUACAAUAGUCAUUCGCAUGUCGAAUGACAUUGCAAAUGCAAUGCAUUGCUUUUGCUUAGUUUCUUGGGCUCAUGAAUCAUCAUGCUUCCCUGACAGGUGGUACUGGCAACACAGUAUCAUUUUAUAAGGGAGUGGGAAAGUAGUAGCCAAUUAAAUAGGCUUUUACAUACUGCCAGACAAAACUGUAGAAAAAAAAAAAGUAUCAACUCAAGGCAGUCCUUCAAUGCAAAAUCUAUCCAGAUUUUCUAUAGGCCAGCCAUUCAGCCAUUUUGGAGCUCAGCCAGCCCACCACCCUGUCAGCCAUUUUAGGCACUUGGACACUGAGCCUGCCAGAAGUGGUCAUGUCCUCCUCCAGCUCCUCAAGCGAGAUAGCCAUGGAUGUAGUGGAGGGGGCAUUGGCCACUCUGGCCAGGAG